CACCCCCCGGGCAGCCCAACCACCCAAACCCUAUCCCCUCCCACUCCAUCGUCGCCGCCCCCAGAUCCAAUCUCGCUGCCACUCCAUCCUGUCCCGCUCGCGCAUGCUCGCCGCCACCACGACCGCCGCCGCCGCCGCACUCAGGGCGCCGCGACCUCCUUCCCGCUCGCCGCCCUCCUCGCCUCAUCCAAGGCCUCGUCCGACUCGACCCCCGCCACCCCCGCGGUGGUCCCCGCAGACGAGCGGGGCUCCCUCUUCGCCACGGACCCCGCGCCAUCCGAGUUCGCGCCCUCCUCGUCGCCGUGUGCAGCGGCCAGAGGAUCUCCACGACGUCCUCGUCGUCGUCCGCGGUGGCCAGGGGAUCUCCGGGGCGUCCUCGUCAUCAUCCAUGGACCCCACCCCCGCCGAGCAUGAGAUCUCCCGAGCAGGCCCUCCCACCGGCCAUUGUUGGGCCAUCUCCGCCGCGCCACCGUCCCUCCGCCGGCAGGUUCAGCUCCUCCCGCUGCAAAGUGCUCGGCGAGGAGAAGGACACGGGAACUUGACCUGGACACAAGGUUUGACAACUAGUUCCUUGCUCUGCUCUGCCCCUGCUAGGUGCUCGCGGAGGAGGCCAAGGCGUGGUAAGACAAGGCCAUCUUCAAGGUGCUCGAUCUGGUACGAUCUUUUAACCUCGGAAGGUUGAACCUCUCACCGACGACGGCCGUCAUUGGUGAGCUGCUGGUUGCAUCGGCCUCCCGCGGCAUCUAUUGCCAGCCUGUGGAACACUUCGAAGCCAUCUUUGGAACUGCCAAUGUCUUCCUGCAGAUGACUGAUGAGUUGAUCUUCUUCCACCAGUGGUAGCAGUAGGUGAUGCCGGAGCAGUACAUCGAUCAGCAGAUCAUCCUGCCAUUUGGGCCGGGAGAAGCUGGGACAGCCCUAAUGCAGUAACAUCACCAUGUGGCAAAUCCAGUAGAUUGACACAACAUUGGUGCUUGGGUGAUGGGGCAAAGUAUGUGUACUAGUGACG